UCUUAUUAAAAAAAAAUAUUUUAUCGAUGGAAUAAUUGUAUAUGCCAAUUUUUGUUAUAUAUAUUAUUACUCUAUAGACAUAUAUAAAACAAAAAAAUGAGUGGGGAAGAAAAGAUUGUUACAGAAGUUCCCAGUAGUUUGAAACAAUUAGCUCGUCUUGUUGUACGUGGCUUUUAUACUAUAGAAGAUGCUUUAAUUGUGGAUAUGUUAGUAAGAAAUCCUUGUAUGAAAGAGGAUGAUAUUUGUGAACUAUUAAAAUUUGAACGUAAAAUGUUAAGGGCAAGAAUAUCUACUUUACGUAAUGACAAAUUUAUACAAGUUAGAUUAAAAAUGGAAACUGGAUUUGAUGGAAAAGCGCAGAAAGUCAAUUACUAUUUUAUUAAUUAUAAGACGUUUGUAAAUGUGGUAAAAUAUAAGCUGGAUCUAAUGAGAAAAAGAAUGGAAACCGAAGAGCGAGAUGCAACUAGUAGAGCUAGUUUCAAGUGUACAAAUUGUUUAAAAACAUUUACAGAUCUUGAAGCAGAUCAAUUGUUUGAUAUGUCAACUGGUGAAUUCAGAUGUACAUUUUGUCGAGAAAUAGUUGAAGAGGAUCAGUCUGCUCUUCCUAAAAAAGAUUCUAGAUUGUUAUUAGCCAAAUUUAAUGAACAAUUAGAACCUUUGUAUAUUUUAUUGAGGGCAGUAGAAGGUAUUAAAUUGGCACCUGAAAUAUUAGAACCUGAGCCAGUGGAUAUUAAUACUAUUCGAGGUAUUGAUACAAGAAAACCAAGCAAUCUUAGGGCACCUAAUGAACAAUGGUCUGGUGAAGCAACAAGAACAUCUGGUUUUAUGGUAGAAGAUACAAGGGUUGAUGUUACCAUUGGAGAUGAAUCUUCUGAAGAUAAUGCAGCAAAUCGUAGAAAAGAAAGACCUAUUUGGAUGAUGGAAAGUACUGUUAUUAACGCUGAUGGCUCUCAGGCUGAUGGAAUAAAUACUCAGGAAACAAUUUUGGAUAAAGCAGCUGCCACUGCCACAAAUACUACUACUACAAACACUAAACAAGGUGAAGAUAUCAUGUCAGUAUUAUUGGCACAUGAAAAGAAAGGUGGGACCAAUUCUACAACAUCUGCUAUAAAAGCAGUAUUACCUCAAGAAUCCAGUGAUAGUAGUGAUAAUGAAGAAAUUAAUGACAUGCAAGCUAUUGAUACAGGUGAAGUGGAAACUAUGGAUUCUGAAGAUGAUGAUUUAGUACCAACAGUCAGUGUGGCUGGAAAAAGUGUUGCUAUUACAGAUGUUAAUGAUACAUUAAUAGCAGAAAUGACACCCACAGAGAAAGAAGCUUAUAUUCAAGUUUAUCAGGAAUAUUAUUCUCAUAUGUAUGACUAAAUUUAGAUUAGACAAAAUCACUGAAUUUACACAUAUUAAAAGACUGCUAUAUUUGACAUUCAACCUGUAAUAUUUUGUACAGUUCCCAAGAAAUAAAAUGAUUCCAAGAAUUGUUACAAUG